GGUAUAGAAGCUAUUUGCUGUCUCAAAAUACAAAACUACAAAAACAACUUGUGAAUGAAAACCCAAAUAAGGUUGCUGAUAGUUCACAAAAACAACAAACAGAAAGUAAAAUAAUCUUUAUUUUUUUUUAAUUGGAUGGGAUUUAUAUAAGCUUUUCAUAAAAUAGGUGAAAUUGGUUCUCAACAAAUAUCGUCAAAGGUGAUCCAACAAAAGCAAGAGCAGCCUAGAGAAACAAAGCAAACUGUGAUUCCUGAUCGUUCACACUACCAAACUAAAG